AUGCCUUCAGAUGCCCACUUAACGUAAGGACGUGAAGAGAAGCUUUAAACGGAGGGCGACCCCGGAGCACUCGACCUGCAGGGAACUCGCAACGCCUGGCAGAAGCGCCGCUCCUGAAAGUUUUUGUCCUUUUGGGUUUGCCCUUUUCUGUUUCCUUCGGGUUCAUUUGUUAGUCGCACGACUGAUAAUGAAGUGAUAGGGGGUCGCUCGGCUGGAACUUAGACGGGAUGCGCAAGAGCUCGAAAGGAAAGAAGCUUUUUUGAAAAAAUAGCGAAUAAACAGCGCAGCUCUUCAAGGAUCGCUGGAGUGAUUGAUGAGAGCUUCAACCUCGGAGAAAUAGCAGGUAGUAAAACUGUCCCAUCGGCUGAUUAAGGUGGAUUGUGCUACGCUGAGGUGCUCUGUAUUACUCCAUUUCUAGAACCUAAUGCCCGUGACUUUUCAGAGCUGUGAGAAGAAUUCAUUAAGCUUAUUGAGGAUGACUGUAAAGUGCACUUUACCGCUGCCGGAGAGCGUUCGACGGACGGAGAGACCGAUUUCAGCACCCUAAGACGGACAGCUCCACGCCUCGGUUUGACAGGACGGCCGCCGCCUCUCCCCUGCCACGCACCGCCAGUAUUUGCUGCACUCCAAGCCGCUUUAAGUACUCAAACCUCAGCCUGGAAAGGAUUUGAGAGGGAUUUUUUUUUUACUUUUUCUGGCUUUGUAGAAAAAGUGAUUCGGUAGAAAAUAGACUUGUUUUCAACCCAAGGAAAUGAACAAUGCACCCGUGAUCGUCUUAGACAACAAGUCCCCAUUAGAGAACAGACGCGCUUUUUUCAUUUUUCCUAACAGAAAUGGACGGUUUUUUCGCAAGACGCCUUUCCUUCAAGAACGCGGUAUUCUGCUGUUUCAUCUUGUGUAAGUCAGCUGCCUGCCUGGAGAAGACGUACUCACACGCCGAGGAGCAGCUCUUCAGGGACAUCUUCGUCGGCUACAACAAGUGGUCUCGGCCCGUGCCCAACAUUUCUGAUGUGGUGAUUGUCAAGUUCGGCCUGUCCAUAGCGCAGCUCAUCGAUGUGGAUGAGAAGAACCAAAUGAUGACGACCAACGUGUGGCUCAAACAGGAGUGGAACGAUUACAAGCUACGAUGGAACCCGGCCAACUACAACAAUGUCACCUCAAUCCGGGUGCCAUCUGAGAUGAUUUGGGUGCCGGACAUCGUGCUGUAUAACAAUGCCGAUGGGGAGUUUGCAGUGACCCACAUGACUAAAGCCCACCUCUUCUACAACGGUAAGGUGCAGUGGGUGCCCCCUGCCAUUUACAAGAGCUCCUGUAGCAUCGACGUGACCUUCUUUCCAUUUGACCAGCAAAACUGCAAGAUGAAGUUUGGCUCCUGGACUUACGACAAGGCCAAGAUCGAUUUAGAGCGCAUCGAGAAGAACGUGGAUCUGAAAGACUACUGGGAGAGCGGCGAGUGGGCCAUCAUCAACGCGGUGGGCACCUACAACACCAAGAAGUAUGACUGCUGCCACGAGAUCUACCCUGACAUCACCUACUUCUUCAUCAUCCGCCGACUGCCCCUCUUCUACACCAUCAACCUCAUCAUCCCCUGUCUGCUCAUCUCCUGCCUCACCGUGCUGGUCUUCUAUCUGCCGUCCGACUGCGGGGAGAAGAUCACGUUGUGCAUCUCCGUGCUGCUCUCCCUCACCGUCUUCCUGCUCCUCAUCACCGAGAUUAUCCCGUCCACAUCUCUGGUGAUCCCCUUGAUCGGCGAGUACCUGCUCUUCACGAUGAUCUUCGUCACGCUGUCCAUCGUCAUCACCGUCUUUGUGCUCAACGUUCACCACCGCUCCCCCAGCACGCACAAGAUGCCCCGGUGGGUGCGCACCGUCUUCCUGGACUUCAUUCCUCGUUGGCUCUUCAUGAAGCGCCCCGCACCGGAUGAGAAGGACCAUCAUUUCCUUCAGCCGUCACACCAGUGCCAUUACGGAGAGGGAAACAUCAGCACCUCCAAGUACUGGCUGGAAACGGACGUGGACCACAAAUACGACGAUGCCGAGCUGGGCAUGCCCCCCUUCUCUUCCCUGACGAUGACCUCAAACUACCUCGGGCUGGGGGGCCGCUCACCCCUGGAGCACAGCCUUCAUCAUCGCCUGGAAGGCCAAAGUCGCUACGUCGGCAGCAGAGUCAACCCCAGUCCUCAACGGCCGACGAAAAUCGCCAACCUGAUGUCUGACUCGGGCUGCGCCAUGUCACCCAGCAUCCUCCGGGCCCUAGAAGGAGUCCACUACAUUGCGGACCACCUCCGGGCCGAGGACACGGAUUUUUCGGUGAAGGAGGACUGGAAAUACGUUGCCAUGGUGAUUGACCGGAUAUUCCUCUGGAUGUUUGUCAUCGUGUGCCUCUUGGGGACGAUUGGCCUUUUUCUGCCCCCAUGGCUAGCAGGCAUGAUCUAGUGGAGAAGUGGAAGGACCAGAAUGUGAAACGCUGCCAUCGAUGCACAGGACACUUGGCCAGACUUUGCUCUUAUUCCAGAUCCAAUGAUAAAAACUACAAUAAAAAAAAAACCCACGACAAUCCACGGUCGUUCUCCCGUCAGGUGAAGUGUCAUGGACGCCGGUCUAGGAUGCUGCAGUCUACGAGUGGAAUUUCAGUCCAUCUGUCGGGACCUUCGAAUGGCUUUGAUUGUGACGUUUUCACUCUGCGUAUGACCUAAUCUGUCACGUCCACAUUUGAAUGCUAAUGAAAGUUCAGUUUUA